AUGACCGUGGUACCUCAACAGAAGCUCUCCUGGCAAGAGUCAGCCCUCCAGGUCCAGGCAGUGCGCGAUAUUUCCAUAAAGCAGGUUGAUCCCGCCAUCGCUACUCUUCCCGAUCAACAUACUGGCAGGGUGAUUGAUUUCCCUAGAAAGCACCUUUCGCAAGCAGAGAUCGCUAUCACGGAGAGUUCUGCUGAAAAAUUGGUAGAUUCCCUAGCGACAGGCAAAUUGACUGCGACUGCGGUAACAAACGCUUUUCUUCGACGGGCUGCAAUUGCCCAGAAGCUUACCAACUGUAUUUAUGAGCUUCUUCCCGACCGUGCCAUAUCCCGCGCCAAGGAUCUCGAUGAGUAUUUUGCGAAGCAUGGAAAACCCUCAGGCCCACUUCACGGUUUACCAAUUAGCAUCAAAGCACAUAUAGGUCUCAGGGGACGAGACUUGGCUGCUGGAUUCGUCGGUUGUCUCGACCGAAAAAGUCAAGGCGAUGCAAAUAUCGUGAAGAUUCUCUUGGAUGCCGGUGCGGUUGUUUAUGCAAGAACAACCGAGCCACAGGGACUGAUGGCUCUUGAAACUUACAGCAAUAUCACUGGCACCACCACCAACCCACAUAAUACUGCUCUCACACCAGGUGGUUCUUCUGGCGGAGAGUCAGCCUUGCAGGCCCUUUAUGGCAGCCCUCUGGGAAUUGGCUCAGACAUUGGUGGUAGUAUUCGCUCCCCCGCGGCCAAUUGUGGCCUCUACGGCCUGAAGCCCUCAACCGGUAGGUUACCGCUACUGGGAUGCGGUUCCUAUCUUCUGGGAUGCGAGACAAUUAUGGGAACACUUGGGCCUAUUUCACCCUCACUCGGUGGUGUUGAACUCUUCAUGAAGACGAUAAUCGAAUCAAAGCCUUGGGUCAAAGAUUCGAUGAUGCUUCCAAUCCCUUGGAGAGACCAGGAGAAGCAUAUUCACUUGGAUAACAAGAAGCUAACUGUCGGUGUGAUGUGGACGGAUAAUGUAGUUACUCCCGCUCCGGCAGUAACAAGGGCCUUGAAGGAAGUGGUUGAGCGCCUUAAACUGGUGGCUGGUAUCGAGGUUAUUGAAUGGAAAGCAUAUAAACAGGAAGAGGCUCUUGAGAUCCUUACCAGGCUUUAUGCUCCAGAUGGCGGAAAGGCAUUUGCCAGGAAUGUCGAGGCCUCUGGUGAGCCGUUCACACCGCUCACAGCUUGGACUUUGCGGGAUACCCCUGGCAUUGAAGAACUGAGCCAUGAGGGUGUAUGGGAAUGGACUGGGAAACGGGAGAUGUUCCGCUACGGCUAUUUGCAAGAGUGGAACAAUGUUGCGCCUGAAAUGGAUGUUAUACUCUGCCCUGCAUUCCCCACACCUGCCCCCCUCCACCACACUUCGAGGUACUGGGGCUACACUUCUUUAUUCAAUCUCCUCGAUUAUUCGGCUCUUGUGUUCCCUGUCACCAAGGUGGAUCCCGAUAGAGAUGCCAAGGAUACUACUUACACUCCGAAGAACGAAUUCGACCGCUGGGCAUACGAGCAUUAUGACCCAGUAAAACAAAAGGAUGCACCCGUUUCUCUGCAGCUCGUUGCUAAGAAGUUGGAGGAAGAGAAGUUACUUCAGGCAUUCAGAGAGAUCCAGGAGAAAAUUAGCCUGCCGUUUGUGGAUUGCCUGGCUUGA